ACCAAUACCAUGCAUGCAUGAGACAGCCAGCUAUAUACAUAUAUAUAUAUAUAUAGCUAUAUAGCUUACUGAUUGAAUUCGGAAAGCUACAAGGAGAUAUUAGGAUUUGAGAUCGAUGGGGCGUUGGAUCAAACCGGAGGUGUAUCCUCUAAUGGCUGCAAUGAGUUUCGUCACGGGGAUGGUUGUGUUUCAGCUUACAAGGAACAUGCUCAGGAACCCUGAUGUCAGAAUAAACAAAGCCCACCGGGGCACGGCCGUACUCGACAACGAAGAGGAAGGGGAGAAGUACGCCCAACACGGCCUCCGCAAGUUCCUCCGCACGCGGCCGCCGGAGGUCAUGCCUUCCAUCAACCACUUCUUUUCCGACACCAAAUAGACCCACGCACGUACCCGGCAUUCUGUAGAUAUAUAAUUAAUUCGUCUGGAGGAGAAAGCAUAAGCAUAUACGCUCAUGUUGUUCUGUCUGCUUCAUGCUUGUUUGUUCUCUUUUUUAUUGUUUAUCUUCUUAUUUUAUGUAUAACAAUAGCCCCAUAAGUGGACAAAGAUGAAGCCACAAACCCAACAAAAAUGGGACCUGAAAUUUGAGUAAUGAUAGCCUGAUUAUGUAUUCAAGAA